AUGGCCGUUUCGCUUGUGUUCGAUGCGGUCUUGGACGCGGCGGUGUUGCGCGAGGCGUUGGAGGGUCUGGUGAAGCGAGACGGCUGGCAGAGGGUAGGAGGGCGGCUGCGGAAGAAUACCGCCGGUCAAAUCGAAUGGCACAUCCCGUCGCAAUUUACAACAGACAGGCUUGCCAUCUCCUUUGCACACGUCAACCACGGCAUUCCCUCGUCCGAACACCCCGCCGCCUGCCGAAUCCCCAAACCGAGUCCUACCCCGUCUAUCGUCGGCGACCCAGACGACCUGGAAAGUCUAGCGUGGGAGGCCGGAUACAAGCCCAACGGCAUAAGCGACUAUUUGAAUUCCGACCGACCGGUCCUAGGCCUGCGGGUCAACAGCUUCACCGAUAGGACGAUCGUCGCUCUGCAAUGGCAGCAUGUUGCUUUCGAUGCACUGGGCAUGCAAUACGUCGUGGAAGGAUGGAGCGCGAUGCUCUGGGGCCGACCGGACUUAGUCCCGACGCCCGUUUCUCCCGACUCGGAUCCGUUCGACGUGCUUGCGACGGGCGCGCGACGGCCGACCGAGAAACAUGUCCUCGCUGAUCGAAAGGUAGGCUGGGGCGGUAUACUCAAAUGGGGCCUCGGGUACGGCGUCGACAUGCUUCUGCGCGCGAAAGAGAACCGCAUAGUCUGCAUUCCGGAGGCGUACUGGGCGCCGCAACUUAACAAAGCACUGGAAGAGCUGCGCGCCGAAGCGCGAGCAAACGGCACCGACGAGAGCAGCGUCUUCCUGACAGAGAACGACGUCGUCACGGCGUGGAUCCUGCGCUGCGUCGUCGGGCAGAUGGGAAUGGAUCCCAACAGGACAGUCGCCGCCUCAAUCGCCAUGUCCCUCCGCAAAGCCUUCGAGGGCGACCUCAUCCCGCCUUCAGCGGAACACCCCUACGUCGGCAACGCCUUCGGGUGGUCCAAUAUCCUAGUUACAGCCGGCGAGGUGACAACAAAACCACUGAGCUGGCUAGCGCAACAAGUCCGGAAGGCGAUAAACACGCAAGGAACGCGCGCGCAGCAUGAGGCAUACUACGAGAUGGUGCGGACGUCGGGAACAGGCCUUCCGAUCGUGAUAAUGGGCGACGGGGGCAUGGCGCAGGUUGGGUUCUCGAACUGGGCGAAGGCGGGCUUGUUCGAUUUGGACUUUUCGCCGGCACGAAUCGACAAACAGGAUGCAGGUGCGCCGUGUAAGCCGUCGUAUGUCCAGGAGAACCAUGGGCCGGUCAAACCAGCCGACGGGUUCUUUAUACUCGGUAAGGAUGGCGAUGGGAAUUACUGGACUUCGGCGUGUAAGGUCAAGGGGACGUGGGAGAAGUUUGAGGAGCAGAUGAGGAGGGAGGUUGAGGGGGGCUUAUAG